GCUGCUCUCCAUUGAGUUAAUGAACAUGAGGUUACCAUUUGCUGUCAUUCAGGCUUGAAAGUUGAGAUUUAGCAUGUGAUAGAACUCAGCACAAGUCUGUCAUCAGAGUUUAAGAUACGUAGCUGUCCAUUUGGUGGCAGCCCCCUUUAACAAAUUAAUCUGCCAAAGAAAAUCCAUUCCCGUAUUUUAUAGGUCCUUAUAGAAUUUAUUAGGCAUAUUAAGCACAUGGCUUUUCCCCACCAACUGCCAUAUGAUGUAUCGAAGCCCAAGCUGCUUUGUGUGAACAUUUCUUCCCUCCCUGCAGCUGAUCAGUUUUCUUGGUGAACCACUUGUUGAUCUACAGAGGAACCCUUCCACUCUUGACGCUAAGCAUCUACUGCAGUAUUUUUGCUGAGGUUAGGGAGAUUAAAGAGCCAUGUGCCUAGUGAGUUCCUGCUGUGGGAUGCUGAGGUACGGUGGGAGGACAGUGUUGGCUAGACAGCUUCUGGCUUUCCACAAGUGACUGUCUCUGUCUGACCCAACUUAAAAGCUUGCCAUGGUGGACAGGAUAUUUUCUACUACUGCCAUAGUCUUUUCUGUUAGGAAUGAUUUUAGGUUGUAGAGAAUGGCUAGGAACCGGAUUUCUCCUGACAGCGUGCUGUAGCGAAUGUGGGCAGGGUGAAUGCCCAGUGGUCCUGGCAUUUGGACCGCAUUGCGACUGCUCCUAGGGCAUUCUUGUCAGAUGCUGACUUACUUGUUUUCUCGCUGGGUUUUGUCUUCUGUGUUUUGGUUCCCGUGAUUUACACAGAGUGGCAUUGUUUCUCCUGACCGGUUCCUAGUUUUCCUGUGGCAUAUAACUAUGCCCAGUGCUGACCUCAGGUUCGUGGACCAUGUUCCCUUAACUAUAAACCCCUGCAAAUGCUGGAAAAAAAAACAAAGCUUCAACACUUUUAAUUGUAAAGCUAAAGCUGAGGCAAGACCAAGCUCAUUCUUUGUUCUACCCGUGUUCGAUACAUACGUCUGCGUACCCAGAAUUAUUACCAUGACUAGUUACAUUGGGUGCCUAUUGAGAACUCUCAUAUUAUAUGAUGUGUCUGCUACAUUUUCUUGUUAUCUGAGACGUUCGUGAACCUGAAAGGGUUUCAGAUAAGAAUUGUUACCAGAAGUAAAGAUUAUUUAAAACUUGCAAACAGACUUGGAAGGAGAGAUUAGUAAGUUUUUGCAUUAUGACAAUGAUUUGUUAUAACUGGAAUUUUACCACAGUAAUCCAGGAAAACAGAAAUAACAGCAACAGAAGGGGUAAAAGGUGGUAACGAGUGAUAAAAAGGUACUAAGCCCCAAAUGUGUAGAAACCUUCAUUGUCAACUUAGAAAUAUGGAGUGAUACCAUUAAAAUACAACUCAGCAAGGGCAGCGAGGUGGCUCAGAGGUUAAAAGCACUGGCUGUUCUUGGACAGAACCUACACCAAGCCAUUGAUUAGAUCCACACAACCUUAGACAACAAAUACUUGCUUAUAUUGAAUUAUAAUUUAAAGGUAAGAAUCAGAAUUCUCUAAGUAACAGUACUUCCAACAAUACAGGGCAGGUUUUCGAAUGACUCCUCUCUGCCUAUUAUCUAGAAAAUCCAGGAAGCACUUCAUACUGGAGUUAGUUAGUUCCCUGUGUGGGGGUGCAUGUUCGCUUCCUGUUUGUAGGGAUUUGAGUCUUCUGCUUUUGGUCUCCCUAUUCUUAGAAUCACAACUCAAAAAGCCUAGUGAGGUGGGAAGCCCAUGAGAAUGUUGAGUUAGAAAGUAAGAUUCUAGAAUGGGGCUGAAAACCACUGGAACCAUUUGAGAGAUUUAAAUUGUCUGUAGUUCUUUGUUUUUUUUUGUUUUUGUUUUUUGUUUUUUGUUUUUUUUUUAAAAACCCAAAGACUAGCAAACAGUGAAGAGGCCGCCUCUUGCAAAAAAUACAGAAAGGGAUUCAUUGAUAUUUCAAAAAUCAAGUGUGUGGAAAUAGUGAAGAACGAUGAUGGCAUCAUUCCCUGUCAAAAUAAAUUUCCAUUCCAGUCCACAAAGCAGGGACCGAUGGGUGAAGAAAUUAAAAGAAGAAAUAAAGAACAACAAUAAUAUCAUGAUUAAAUACCAUCCUAAAUUUUGGGCAGACGGAAGUUACCAGUGUUGUAGACAAACAGAAAAACUAGCACCUGGAUGUGAAAAGUACAAUCUUUUUGAGAGUAGUAUAAGAAAGACCCUGCCUCCUGCACCAGAAAUAAAGAAGAGAAGGCCUCCUCCACCAAUUCCGCCAGAAGAAGAAAAUACUGAAGAAAUAGUUGUAGCGAUGUAUGAUUUCCAAGCGACAGAAGCACAUGACCUCAGGUUAGAGAGAGGCCAAGAGUAUAUCAUCCUGGAAAAGAAUGACAUCCAUUGGUGGAGAGCAAGAGAUAAGUAUGGGAGUGAAGGAUAUAUCCCAAGUAAUUACGUCACAGGAAAGAAAUCCAACAACUUAGAUCAAUAUGAGUGGUAUUGCAGAAAUAUCAACAGGAGCAAGGCAGAGCAGCUCCUCAGAACGGAAGAUAAAGAAGGUGGUUUUAUGGUGAGAGACUCCAGUCAACCAGGCUUGUACACAGUCUCCCUUUACACAAAGUUUGGGGGAGAAGGCUCAUCAGGUUUCAGGCAUUAUCACAUAAAGGAAACAGCAACAUCCCCAAAGAAGUAUUACCUGGCCGAGAAGCACGCGUUUGGGUCCAUUCCUGAAAUCAUCGAAUACCACAAGCACAAUGCUGCAGGGCUUGUCACCAGGCUGCGGUACCCGGUCAGUACAAAGGGGAAAAAUGCGCCCACUACUGCCGGCUUCAGCUAUGAUAAGUGGGAGAUUAACCCAUCAGAGCUGACCUUUAUGAGGGAGUUGGGGAGUGGACUGUUUGGAGUGGUGAGGCUGGGCAAGUGGCGGGCCCAGUACAAAGUAGCCAUCAAAGCUAUCCGGGAAGGCGCCAUGUGUGAGGAGGACUUCAUAGAGGAAGCUAAAGUCAUGAUGAAGCUGACACACCCCAAGCUGGUACAGCUCUAUGGCGUAUGCACUCAGCAGAAACCCAUCUACAUCGUUACUGAGUUCAUGGAAAGGGGCUGCCUUCUGAAUUUCCUCCGACAGAGACAAGGCCAUUUCAGCAGAGAUGUGCUGCUAAGCAUGUGCCAGGAUGUGUGUGAAGGGAUGGAGUACCUGGAGAGAAACAGCUUCAUCCACAGAGACCUGGCUGCCAGAAAUUGUCUAGUGAAUGAAGCAGGAGUCGUCAAAGUAUCUGACUUUGGAAUGGCCAGGUACGUUCUGGACGAUCAGUACACAAGUUCCUCAGGCGCCAAGUUCCCUGUGAAGUGGUGUCCCCCGGAAGUGUUUAAUUACAGCCGCUUUAGCAGCAAGUCAGACGUCUGGUCGUUUGGUGUGCUAAUGUGGGAAAUAUUCACAGAAGGCAGGAUGCCCUUUGAGAAGAACACCAAUUACGAAGUGGUAACCAUGGUUACUCGAGGCCACCGACUCCACCGGCCAAAGUUGGCUUCCAAAUAUCUGUAUGAGGUGAUGCUGAGGUGCUGGCAAGAGAGACCAGAGGGAAGGCCUUCGUUUGAAGACUUGCUGCAUACGAUAGAUGAACUAGUUGAAUGUGAAGAAACUUUUGGAAGAUAAAUGGUGGCCCCCGUUUCCAAGGCAAGAGGAAGAAGGGGCGUGCCAGCGGAAUGCAAUUCACUUGGCACCUGGGAGGAUAGACUGCUCUGCUUACAACGUGGGCGCUCCAACGUGUCUGCUUCUGAUCCACCCUUAGCUCGGUGGCUAUUUUGCAGGCUGCACAGGUGGUCUCUCAGAGCUGGUGACUUGAAGCCCUCAUUUUGCUCAUUCCUUCAAGGGUGCCAGCCAUGCACUUUGCCAGCCAUGCACUGUGCCCAGGCCUCAGGAGAUGAACAUGGGGCUAUGCUAGCUGGUGCUAGCAGAAAGCCAGGAUGUUUGUGAUGGGGACGAGCCAUGUCCCAGCAUCUCUCUAUACCCUUUGGCUUCUACAUAAACCUGGGCCUGAGGUGUUGUCUACCACUGAGUUAUAGGUAAAGAAGGAACCCACGUGGAUUCAUAGUAAUCCUCUGUUUUGAAAACAUCUCUUUCCAAACCUGUUCUUAGUAGUGUGUUUAAACAUUUGUAUACUGUAUAUAUUGUAAAUACAUAUAAUAUAUAAAGUUAUAUAUUUAUAAGUAA